GGAACGGAAUAAGGUGUAUGCAAAUGAGAGCCGUCGAGAGUCGUCGUCGUCGAAACGACGAAAAUGCGGAAUAGGUUUUCGGUGUGCUCGCCAGUCGACGUCUGAUGUCCAGUUUGUUUACGUCGGGUUUUCGGGCCUGGAACGAUUGUACCGUGGCGCGGUGGUCAUAGAGAAGCGUUUUUGUUACGGCGUGCGUUUUUGGUUGUAUUGGAGGAGCGCGCGUGGGGUUUAUAGGACUAGGAAGAGUAUCGGUGGUUGUUUUUGGAUUUUUAAUUUUUUGUGAUACCGUGGUGGACCAUAGAAUCGGAUUGGUGGGAUUGUUUGGUGGUCUCCUAAUGCCUCGAAGAGACGAGCGAUCAAACCGCGUUUUUAAUGGAGACACCAACGGCCCAGUGCGUCGAUCACCUGUGAGGAAGGAGAGGUUGAGGAAGUCCAAGAGGGAGUUAGAAGAGGAGGCAGCGAAAGUAUUAGAACAGGCUGGGAAAGUCGAAUGCGUGGUAUCGUCUAACAGAGGUGUCCCUCAGGAGAAAUUCUACACCCUCCCCAACAGAAGAAAAGGAAAGUUAGACUAUGGUUCCCUUAAUAGAAAAUCCGUCCAUCGCAGUAGCCUAGAAUUACAAGAACCUCCGAAGAAACCACCACGAACCUUCACCUCAUCAUCGAACGAUCCCAAACCCUCAGUUUUCGAAAUAUUUAAGAAGACCGAUGACAAGAAGCCAAAGAAACCGAACUUGCGUCGCAGUCUAAGCGACGCUACGAAUCUCAGAUCAAGGCCAGCUUUGAACAGAGGCGAAAACGAACGAAAAAGCAACGAAUCCGAAGACACCCGAAGGUCUAAACGAAACCUUCCGAAGAAACAACUAUCACCGAUCAUCGAAGUACAACAGCGUGAAGACUACUUCGACGCUGUGAAAGAGGAAGAGGAACAUAAUAACGAACCCUCAGAAGACAAUGUUGAACUGAAAGCCCCGGUAAGGAAGAAAAGAAAGGAAAACAGGGAAAGUGUUACCAAAUCGCUAAAGAAAUACAUCGAUGAGAUCGACGCUCAGUUGUACGAAGAAACUGGCAUAAGAGUUCAACACGGAGAGAAGGAGACAAAAGCAGAACCAGAAGUUGUUAUAAUUGAUGUCGAUGAGGCUGAACAAAUUACAAGACAGAAAAACUCCAAAACUUCAGCUCUCGGUAAGAAACUGAAAUCUUUGACAACCAGGAAAACACCCGUUACCACCAAAAACCCUCAGAAGAAAAGUUUUAAUGAAAAACUCAAACUCGAGGCACUUCCAAACGGUUCGCCAAAUACAAAGAUAAAGAAAACUAUUAAAAAAUUGGAAACAUCGGAAGAAAACCAAACAAAGAUGAUACACAGCAGUCAGAAACCUGCAGAUAAACCUCCCUUAACGAAGGGAAGGACAGUGGACACGAUGGUGAAGAGAUUGAGCAGUGAUUCCUCGAUAUCCCCACCCCCUAAAACCAACAUACUGGUCAUCCCCAACGUCUCAGUGCAACAUAACAACAACCAACCAUUCUCUUACACCAGAGGGAUCAGUCCAGAGAAGCAUAAUGGACAAGAUCCUGGGAGCCCUGUCAUCUAUGCACAGGUCGUAUGUGCAAAUGGUGCUACUGGACCUUCAAAACAGACAGUCCAUACUGUUUACAAUUCCAACGUUAAAAAGCACCCUCAACACUCAGAUUCAGACGAGGGUCUAGGAUAUGAAGAGCACUUCAACCGCAAAUAUAGCCCUCUAGAAUCUCCUCUCUCUAAACCCUACGACAACAGGUACGUAACUGAUGUAGAGAGGGAUGAUUACUUCAUGGAAGCUGACGAAGCUCCCAUAAGCCCAAGAAUGAAGUCUACCUACUUCAGUGGAUACCCCUACGAAAAAGGCUUCGUGAGCGUAGAAAGAGGCAGGGCUGACGGUAUGGAUUCCAAGCGUAGAGAAAGUCUCACCGAGUCUUUAGAAAACUCAACCAAUAAAGUCAACGGCAAGAUAGACUGGAGCGCUAGAAGGGACUUGCUAGAAUCCAGGAUAAAUCGAAGAAUGAACGACAGGAUCACCAGGGUAUCACCUCCAAACAACUCCAACGUUUAUAUCACCGAAUCAACCUCCAAGUACUUCAAGAAAGGUUCAGAGAGCCCUGUUGGGUUCACUGAAAAAUACGUUUCCGAAUCACACACCGAUAGGUUUGGUGAAAGGUACAAUACGGAGAGUCACACCAAGAAAUAUUUUGGUGAUAGGAAAGAUGAUGUUGAAUACAUUACUAACGGAAGGUAUCCUUACGAGCCUAAGAGCAUGGAGUCCCAGCACAGCGAUUACAGAUCAUCCCCUGAAAGCAGGAGAUUCGAAACUAGUCACAACAGAUCAAACGACAGAUACGGUAUGAAAGCGGAAAGGCAACAUCGCCUCUCCAAAGAAAAGACUAUCUACCAAUCAAACCCCGAGAUAUUCAAGCACAGAGAAGAACCAAGCUUGGACAACUCCUAUCACGAUUCCUUGCGAAGGGAAAGAAGGACCCACAAAUCAGAGAGAUAUCUCAGUGAUCGCAAAGACAAAUUCGGAGAUUCUGGCAUUGAAAACGACAUCAAACGUGAGGAAAACUACAGACCAGAAAGAAGAAGAACAUACGGCGUAAGGAACACAGAAAGCGAAGAUGAAGGCUUCGCCAGCUCUCUUCUGAUAGCCAGCGAAAGACAGCACACUGAGGAAGCUGUGAACGGAAGAAAGCUCAGGGUUGACUACGACUACGACGCCCCCUAUGAGAGGGAGGAGUACGAAUACAGAAAGAGGAAAAUGGAGUAUGCCCCAAGAGAAAGGAGCAUAGAUGACGGUUCUCACUACGAUCCUAGGAUAGACAAAGACUUCGAGAAUGAAAGGGGUACUUUGGUGAGGAAGAUAGAGAAGAAACCGCCAAAGCCCGAGAAGAAGAGUGGACUCGAAAAGGUGAAGCAGUUGUUUAUGGGGUCUAGUAAGAAGAAGAAGGAUAAGCAGAUUAUGGUGGCUGAAGAAGACUUGAGAUCUAGAUAUAAGGAGUAUAGGGGAAGCAUGGAACACUUGGAACCACAAGUGAAGAAGAGGGAGGUUAGGGAGUAUAAUGCGAGCUACGACUACAGGAAUAGAAGUAGACUUCCAACUCCUAGUCCAGAGCCACCUAAAAAUGGAUAUAUCAACGGUCACACCAAUGGACACGUGUCUGACUCCAACACAUCGCACAACGGUUGGUUCAAAUCGUUGGAUAGGCUUUCAAAGAAGAAGAAUAGAAAGGAUGAAGUAGAUGGCGUUUUGACAAGUGCAGAGGAGGAGCCAACCCCCAAAUCACAACCCACCAAGAGCCUGAGAUUUUUCGGGGAUAGUUUAAGACAAAGAACUACCACUCGGUCCAGGACUGACAUAUCUGGAAAGGACAGGAUUAAAAGCCAAUCCACUAGGGAUCUGCACAACAUUUCCGAGGAAACCAGGACUCCUCAAAAGGAGAAUGGCAUUCGAAAGCACAACCACAAAUCCAUGCUGAACAUAGCCGAAUCCGAUAGAGAAAUGAGCAGAACCCUGAAAUCUACCCUAAAACCACCAGCAUCUCCUAGUCACAGAUCCAGAGAGCCCCAAAGAAGGGAUGACAGAAGCAGAAGGAGCAAAAAUGAAGUUAGUUCGUUAGAGAGUUCCACGGAAGGCGACAGUAGUCAACAGUCACAAAGGAGUAUUGUGUAUUUGCAUGCAGCAACAGUUGGAGACAUACCAGGGCCUGGCUACCUCAGAAACAGCUCUAGGGCAGCUUCCAGAGAGGAACUGGCUUCCAACGGCAGCAAUAACAAGAUGCAACCACGAGUGAAAACACUAAGUAGGUCGUUCUCAAUGCUAGCGCCUUGGAAACCACGUCACUUAAGAGAGUCCAUGGACAUUGACUACAGUCAAUAUCCCAAACCUGUACCUGUCCCCAAAAACGGAAAAUACGAACAAAGGGUGCCCAGAAACGGAACCAGUAGGAACUCCACCUCUUCCACCUUGAAGAAGAAAGCACACGAAACCAAGAGAUCAACCCAGAACGUUUCAACUCUUGGCAAUCACAGGAGCAGAAGCAAGGAGAACAUGUCCUCUCAAACCUUGAAGAGGAACAAGGAUGAAUCGACUAGAAAUUCGACGUCUACGUUGUACAAGAAGAAAGAAAGAUUGCCAAGGGAAAACUCUAGAUACAGUAAAGACAAGGACGACAGAAAGAUAUCGUCUAAAAGCGCUUCUGUUGAGUCUUUAGGAAACCAUAGCAGGACCAGUAGGGGUAGAGAAGAUUCAAGGGAAGUGUCCAGGUCUAUAUCCAUGCCCAGAGACCCAGAGAAAUCGGCUGGUUGGUUCAAAAUGGGCAGAAAAAGCAGUAAGAACGUAACAUCCCAACGACUCUAACCUUCCCACCCAAGUUUAAUCGAGAACAAUCUUCCAAUCGAAAGAAACUAACUUCAGUGUCAUCCGAGACAUUUACCUAAUUUUAAACUCAUUUAAAGAUGUGCAAAUAGUCUCAUCUCCUUAAAUAAACGUAUAUAACCGUGCCAUCAGCUUCUCUAGCACAUUUAAUAACUUGUUAAAUUGCAUCAGAGAAUAUCCAUCUAAUAUUUUUGUUUUUUGUUGAGUUAAUAUUGUUGUUGCAGGGGUUUCGGGAAUUAGUUUUCAGUUACCUUCAAACGUUAUUCUGAACGUUUCUGUUAUUUUUCAUUAUGUUCCAGAAAUUAUGUUGCAAUUCUGGAAUAUUAUCGCAGUUCAGAAGAGUUUCUCUUUUUUCCAGUAGAGUUAUCCCUAACAAAUUCCCAAAAUUCCCUGUUUUCAUGUGCCUUACACUAGAUAUAAGUUUUUUAAUGGAUUCAUUUUCUUUUUCAUUACGUUAAAGGACCUAGUGAAAAGGAAUUAGAAUUGUACUGUGGAAUCAACUAAUAUUUUUUUAAGAGAUAAAUCUAACAUUUUAGAAUUUUUAUUUGGGGUUAUUGAAGGUUAUAAUGAAUUUCGAAAUGUCUACGAAUAGAGCAGUUUUGCAUUUGAACCCCAUUCAAAAUACACCUAGUUAUUACCAAUUCAUGAAUCAUUUUUUUAGCAGAAUUAACUGGAUCAUUACCUCAUUUUCACACAUUUCGAAUGGUGCUAUAUUAGUAUUUAGUCUUUAUUUUUGUAAAAGAUGUAAAUAACCUCGGUUUUGACUGUAAAUUUUGGUUUGCAUUAUGUUGAUGCAUGUUAUACAAUGAUUUUCCACUUUGUUACCAAAUGUUACACUCAAAAUUUGGACAUUGUAUUAUAUUGUUCAAUAAUUUUCUUUUUAAUUUGAAUUUCAAACUGUAGAGGUAUUUUUAAGUAACUAAACAAAUUAUUUGUAAUUAUUGUGCUAUAAUGAAAUAAAACAUUAAUUCUC